CAAGAAUACACUUAUAUAGAUAUUAAUAAGGUUUAUAUAAACAAGUACCAAAAAAAAGAACAGACCCUGGCAUGAGCACCUGCAUGUAUACAGAGGCACAGCCAUAUGGGAAUAUGCUGGUGAACUGAUACAAAACAUCAACAGAGGAAGUCAUCAGCAAGGAAUUUAUUCUAAGAUGUCUGGUGAGGAAAGUCCAUUACUAUGGGGGUCACGCUCAUCCAGCACCUCUUCUACUGCCACAGGCUCCCUCCAGUUACUUCUGUAUCACUCCUCUCUUUCUGUUAAUCCCCCCACUGAAUCCCAGCUGACCUUUCCUGGGGGCCAGUAUUCCGCAGAAGAAUUGUGUAUUGCGGCUGCCAAAUCAUGUGGGAUCCAGCCAGUCUAUCAUUCCCUGUUUGCAUUGGCAUGUCCGAAACUCAAAACCUGGUAUAAUCCUAAUUAUGUCUUUACUGUGGACAGCAGCACCUCUCAUGUUCUGGUUUAUAGGAUCAGAUUUUUCUUUCCUCAUUGGAUUGGGGUAGGGGGACAAAAAUCUUCUCGUUGCAGUCUUAUGAAGCUCCCUCCUGACCCCCUGCUCAGCUAUCCAGUUAUUGAUUACCUUUUUGCCCAGUGUCGCAGCGAUUUUUUGAGUGAUCGCAUGAAGCUGCCCACCAGUCUGGACAUGCAGGAUCAGUGUUUGACCCUGGCAGUGCUAGAUAUGAUGCGACUGACUCAGGAGAACAACAAACCCCCAAAGCAGAUUCUCAGCAUGAUUAGUUAUAAGCAGUGUGUCCCUCAGAGCCUGCGGCAAGCCAUUCAGAAACUAAGCUUCUUUUCCCGCAAGAGACUGCGGAGCAGAGUCCAGCAUUCAUUAAGGAAAAUCAGGGCCUGUACACUCACAGAUCCACUCAUCAAACUCAAGUAUCUGGUGGAUCUUGAGAAACUGGACCGAAAUUUUGGAACAGAGACCUUCCAAGUACAGAGCCCAAAAGGGACUGGAAACAACAUGAUUCUCAGAGUGUCUGGGGGAGGAGGGAUCUCAUGGAUGGUACCAGAAACUGAGCUGUGGCAGACGUUUUGUGAUUUCCCAGAAAUUGUUGACAUAAGGAUAACACAAGCAAAGUUUGAUUCCGCAAUAUCAGAGGGACGCAUAGUCACAGUUACUAAGCAAGACAACAAGGUUUUGGAGACGCAGUUCCCAAACCUGCAAGAAGCUCUUUCAUUUGUCUCUCUGGUAGAUGGUUACUACCGUUUGACUACAGAUUCACACCAUUAUUUCUGUGAGGAGGUGGCUUCCCCAAGGCUGCGGUGGAACCUAGAAAAUCAAUGUCAUGGACCCAUUACAUCUGAGUUUGCUGUGGGCAAACUGAAGAAAAGUGGGAGUGUUGUUGGCAGCUUUGUCCUACGUUGCUCCCCUCAGGACUUUGACAAGUUUCUGCUUACAGUCUGUGUGGAGACAUCACUGGGAAAGGAUUACAGGGGCUGCAUGAUCCAGAAACUGAAUGAUAUGUUUUCUAUUGCUGCUGUCCCUCGUCAUUUCUCCAGUCUAUGGAGUCUCUUAGAGCAUUAUCAGCACUGCACCUUGUCUUUGGGUGGAGUUCGCACAAAACUCACAACUUGCUGCCCACCUCAACCCAAAGAAAAAUCCAACCUGUUGAUUCUACGGGACAGCUGCCCUCAAAGAGUCCUGUUACCAGGCAGAGAAAGACGGAACCUCCAGUCGCUCACUUUCCAUAAGAUCCAUCUCAAAGACAUCACUUUUAUGGAAAGCCUUGGAAAAGGCUCCUUCACAAAAAUAUUUCGAGGUUUAAGAACUGAUGAAGAGAGAGACGAGCGGUGUGAGGUGGAAGUUCUGCUAAAAGUUCUGGAUCCUACUUAUGGCCAUUACCAAGAGUCUUUUCUAGAAGCUGCCAGCAUAAUGAACCAGAUUUCACAUAAACACCACAUUCUAGUGCAUGGAGUUUGUGUGGGAAAACAAAUUAUCAUGAUACAGGAGUUUGUGUGUCAUGGGGCCCUGGAUCUCUACUUGAAACGACAGCAGCAGAAAGGACCCAUUGCAAUCAGCUGGAAAUUGGAAGUGGUCAGACAGUUGGCAUAUGCUCUUUGCUACUUGGAGGAUAAGCAGUUGGUUCAUGGGAACAUUUCAGCUAAGAAAAUCCUUUUGAGCCGUGAGGGGGAUAAGGGGAACCCUCCUUUUAUUAAACUUAGUGACCGAGGUGUGAGCAUCAAAGUCCUGGAUGAAGAAUUGCUGGCAGAAAGGAUCCCUUGGCUAAGCCCUGAAUGUGUCUCUGAUCCAAAUAACCUGGCCUUGGAGUCUGACCGCUGGAGUUUUGGUGUCACAUUGUGGGAGAUUUUCAAUGAUGGCCAUGUACCACUGAGUGCAGAGGAUCCAUCCACUAAACUGCAGUUUUAUAAUGACCAUAAGACUCUGCCAUCCCCACACUGGAUAGAGCUGGCAAGCCUGGAGCAGCAGUGCAUGUCCUACAAUCCCCUCCUCAGACCUUCAUUCCGAUCAAUAAUGCGCGAACUGAACAAUAUUAUUGCAUUUGAUUAUGAAUUACUGGUAGAUUCCAAAGGACAACAGGUGAAGGGGGGGCUAAGAGUAUGUGAUCAUGCCUGGGAGUUACAGGACCCUACUGUGUAUGAGGAAAGACACCUGAAGUACAUAUCAGUGCUGGGCAAGGGAAAUUUUGGCAGUGUGGAACUGUGCCGUUAUGACCCUCUGGGAGAUAACACAGGAGAGUUAGUAGCAGUGAAGAAGUUGCAGCACCAUACUGUUGAACAUGUCCGUGACUUCCAGCGAGAGAGUCGGAUACUGCGCUCACUUCACAGUGACUUCAUAGUAAAAUACAAGGGGAUCUGCUAUAGUGCAGGUCGCCGUAGUUUCCAGUUGAUAAUGGAGUAUCUUCCAAAUGGCAGUUUGCGGGAAUAUCUACCUAAGAACCAGAAUGUACUAGGGCCUUGCCAUCUCCUGCUCUAUGCCUCCCAGAUCUGUAAGGGGAUGUUGUAUUUGGGAUCCCAGCGAUAUGUGCACAGGGAUUUGGCCAGUCGCAAUGUCUUGGUGGAGAGCAGGGAACAUGUAAAGAUUGGAGACUUUGGCUUGACCAAAAUCUUGCCACAGGACAAAGAGUACUAUGUAGUUCGUGAAAAAGGAGAAAGUCCGAUUUUCUGGCAUGCCCCUGAGUCUCUUUCUGAUAGUAUUUACUCUCGAGAAUCAGAUGUCUGGAGCUUUGGAGUUCUGCUGUAUGAGCUUUUCACUUACAGCCAAAGGAGUUGUAGCCCCCCCACUGAGUAUCUGCGUAUGAUGGGGCCUCACAAUGCUCAGCAAACUGUGUGUAGCUUGGUAGAGUUUUUACGAGCAGGGAAACGACUUUGCACACCUGCCUCUUGCCCAACUGAGGUGUAUAAACUAAUGCUUUCUUGUUGGUCUUCACUUCCCUCUGAGCGGCCAUCAUUUAAAGACUUGGAGUUGCAGGUUGAGCAGUUGCAAGAGUCACUUACCAAUAGGAGCACACCAUAAAGUUGUGGCACAAAUAUUUUAACACUGCUAAAUCCUUUUCUCUUUGUAUAUGCUGCAUUUUUCUGUUAUUUGUCUACCGUAUCUUUGAAUCAGUCAUUUUAUUUCAUGCAACUCACUUUUUAUUUCCCAAUAAAAUCUUACAACAA